AUGGCACCCAAUAAACUAGCAAUCGCCAGCAUCUCCCUAAGUCAAUACCCAGGCCACACCCUCGACCACAAAAUCCGCGCCGCAGCCCAAGCCGGCAUCGCAGGAAUCGAGAUAGUCUACAACGACCUCCUCACAUACAGCAAAGCCCAAAACAUCCCCAUCCAUACGGCAGCUCAAAAAAUCCACACCCUCUGCCUGGAAACAAACCUCCAAGUCCUCUCCCUAGCCCCCUUCGAAAACUACGAAGGCUCAACAACCCCGCUAAAAGAAAGACUCGCUCUCGCGCAGCACUGGCUCGAACUCGCCCGUCUGCUACACGCACCAUACCUACAAGUCCCAUCAAUCUUCACAGCGGACUGCACCCGCGAUGAAAAGACGAUCAUAUCAGACCUCCAGCAGCUAGCCGACCUAGCCAGCUCCAACAAGCCAGUAGUAUCAAUCGCCUACGAACCGCUGUCCUGGGGAACAAACUGCUCAACCUGGGAAAGCGCCUUGUCAAUCGUGCAGCGGGUCGACCGUCCGAAUUUCGGACUGUUGCAGAUGGAUGCGGAGACGAAGCUGCGGGAUUCGCUGAGGAGGUUUGUGCGGGAUUGUCCGCGAGAGAAGAUCUUCUAUGUGCAGCUUUCUGAUGCGGAGAGGUUCGAACCGCCUUAUUCGUUGGCGCAUCCGUGGGCUUUGCCUGGUGAGGCGAAGGAGUUUACUUGGUCGAAGCAUGCGAGGCCUUUUCCUUUGGAGGUUGAGUUUGGGGCGUAUUUGCCUGUUGUGGAGAUUGCUCGGGCGUGGAUUGUUGAGGUUGGGUUUGAGGGGUGGGUUUCUAUGGAGGUUUUUGAUCGGAAUAUGAGGGAUGGGAGGGUUAGUCCUGAGAUGGCGGCGAAGAGGGGCGUUGAGGCCUGGAGGAAGGUUCAGAUUGAGAUGGAGAGCAAGUCGAGGAUUUGA